AUGAAAUGUGAUUCUAAAUUCUUCUGCUUAAAUGUUCCAUUACCUUGCAGGCUUAUGUAGUUUCAGAACCGAAGAAUAAGAGGUCAUGUCUCUGCAAUCUCUUCAUCGUCGCGUCUUUGAUUUGCAGUGCUUACUUCAUUAGUAGUGCGAUUAUCACUAAGGAAUACAAAGAUAGAUUAUCGAGUUGGGAGGUGAUUAAUAUGCUUCAGAAUUCAAAAUCCGAUACGUGCCAGAUUCAAUGCAGGCCUCCGGGGAGUGAGGCGUUACCUCAAGGCAUUGUGGUCAAAACAUCAAACUUGCAAAUGCAGCCAUUAUGGCACAAUGGUGUAAACAACGCCAAUCCCGAGCCAUCUUCAAACUUGUUGGCCAUUGCUGUCGGAAUAAAGCAAAAGGAAAUUGUUGAUCGAAUUGUUAAAAAGUUUCCGGCAAGAGAUUUUGUUGUGAUGCUGUUCCACUAUGACGGUAUUGUGGAUGAAUGGAAAUAUUUCGAAUGGAGUGAUCGGGCCAUACAUGUGUCUGCAAUGAAUCAAACAAAAUGGUGGUUUGCCAAACGUUUCUUGCAUCCGGACAUAGUCGCUCAAUACAAGUAUAUAUUCCUCUGGGAUGAGGACCUGGGAGUAGAUAACUUUGAUCCAAUCCAUUAUUUGUCUAUUGUUGAAGACGAGGGACUUGAGAUAUCACAACCAGCACUCGAUCCUGUUAAGUCGGAGGUUCAUCAUCAGAUCACCGCACGCCAAAGGAAUUCAAGAGUGCACAGAAGGAUAUACAAGUUUAAAGGCAGCGGAAGGUGUGAUGGUCGCAGCACUGCUCCUCCAUGCAUAGGUUGGGUGGAAAUGAUGGCUCCCGUAUUCUCGAGAGCCGCCUGGCGCUGCGUAUGGUAUAUGAUCCAGAAUGAUUUGAUCCAUGCUUGGGGUCUCGAUAUGCAGCUCGGUUAUUGUGUGCAGGGCGAUCGUAUGAAAAAUGUCGGAGUCGUUGAUGCUCAGUAUGUAGUUCAUUUCGGUCUUCCUACCCUUGGCGUUAAGGAUGAAAACGAGGCAAGUAUUUCAUCGGAACAAUUUAAAUGGAAGGGUCUUAUCUUUGGUCUAGACAAUAUUACCCGACAUAUGCACGUCGGAUUUCACUACUAA